CGUUAAACGUCGUUAUACACGGAGGAAACAGGAACACACGGGGCUGUUUGUAACCAGAAAUUACGGCUGUAUUCUGCCGGAGAGCGAGUAAGAAAAUCCUCCAGGACAGUAGCGGGGAUUCGUCACUUUUAAGGCCGGGACUGGAGCUUCGACUGCCGGGGAGAGACGCUAACUCACAGGUUGUUUGUUUGGCCGGAGCGAGCGAGACAGGCAGAGGAAGAGAAGCAGGGGAGACAGAUGGAAAGAUGGAGACCCCAGUGUGAACAACUAUCUCAGCUAAAUUAGACAAAGCUCUGCUUGGGUAAGCUAAGCUAGGAGACCUCCAGAACCAUGGCUGGGAUGCUGUUAAAUUUCUCAUCCAACAGGCGCAUCAUCGCCGGCCUGCUGGUCAACCUGCUGUCCUCCAUCUGCAUUGUUUUUAUCAACAAGUGGAUCUACGUACACUAUGGCUUCCCCAACAUGACCUUGACCCUCGUUCACUUUGUGGUCACCUGGCUGGGACUCUACAUCUGUAACAGAAUGGACAUUUUCUCUCCAAAAAGCCUUCCCAUUCGCAGGAUUGUGUGGCUGGCUCUGAGCUUCUGUGGGUUUGUGGCCUUCACCAACCUUUCCCUGCAGAACAACUCAAUAGGAACGUACCAGCUGGCUAAAGCCAUGACCACACCCGUCAUCAUCCUCAUCCAGACCACCUACUACAAGAAGACCUUCUCCACCAAGAUUAAACUGACACUGGUGCCCAUCACAUUAGGGGUUAUAUUGAAUUCGUACUUUGAUGUGAGGUUCAACCUGCUGGGGACGGUGUUUGCAACGCUGGGUGUUUUGGUGACGUCGCUUUACCAAGUGUGGGUGGGAGCUAAACAACAUGAGCUCCAGGUGAACUCCAUGCAGCUUCUGUACUAUCAGGCUCCUCUGUCAUCGGGCUUCCUGCUCUGCGUUGUUCCCGUGUUUGAGCCGCUGACUGGAGACGGAGGAAUAUUUGGACCCUGGUCUCUACCUGCUCUGGUGACGGUGCUGUUCUCGGGUGUGGUGGCGUUCCUGGUCAACCUGUCCAUCUACUGGAUCAUUGGAAACACCUCGGCUGUCACCUACAACAUGUUUGGUCAUUUUAAAUUCUGCAUCACUCUGAUUGGAGGAUACCUGCUCUUUCAUGACCCGCUGUCCCUCAACCAGGCAUUGGGGAUCCUCUGCACUCUGGCAGGUAUCCUGUCUUACACUCACUUCAAGCUGAAUGAACAGGAGGAGGGGAAGAGCCGCCUCGCUCAAAGACCGUAGGCUGACUUACCUGUCAAUCAACUGCACAGACUCCUGCCAUUGGCCACAGGCUGAAGACUCUUGAUAUAUAUUUUUUUAGCAGAGUAAGGAUUUUCAUCGUUGUUCCCCUACAUGUCGACACAUCCUCUGUUCUUCCCGUGGGUCUUUGCCCAACAGCACUGAUCUUUUAAAGGGAAACUGAAGCUCAUCACACCGGCAGCUGGAAAAUGAAAAGCUUUUUUUUUUAACUUAGUGAAACUUAAAAAUCAGACGAUACCAUCUUUGUUUUCAUCCAAAGCAGAUAAAAGAACACGCACAGCUUUCUUUUAAAACGGCUUUUACACCGACGCAUGCAAGAGGUCAAACUCACACCCUGUUUGAUGUAUCUGAUGACCUUCGAUGCAUUUAGUAACCAAUCAAAAGGAGGCUACAGGUUUAUGUCAUCAUAGGGUGGGCAGAGUUCACGGACAGAUUCUGUUAAAGAAUCGAGCCUUCGAGCGAAGGCACCAAACCUUCCUCUGCUGCUGGAGGCAAUAUAAUAAUUAGUAAAAUAAUAAAAGAAAGGCAGCUCAACAUAAGAAGACGUACAACAGUACGUCGUCUUACGAGUGUUUCUGCUUCUUGAUUCUCAGACCAACUAUCGUGUGUAUUUACCAAGCUUAGUAGACUGGACCUGCUGUUUCUGGACUCUGAACAGUCCAGUACACCUUCUGUCCUAUCUUUAAGGGAUAUGUCAUCUCAUGAAAACGUUUUUGCUUUAAAGUGACAGUUGCUUUAUCAUUUUUAAUAACUGCUUGGUUGCACCAUUCAAAACCUGUAUUACACAAUGGCCACUUGCCAAAGGAAAAGAGACAGGCUGUGUUCAAAUACUGUAUGUGCUUGUAGUGAGUUUAAACUGUUUAUUUACACACAAUGUAUCCUUUAAAUAUACCUCGACACUGACUGAGAACGAUCGUCCAACGAUUUUCAAGCAGUC